AUGCCUGAGGAAGCGAAGUACACAUGGGAUCAAGAGCUUAACGAAAUUAAUAUCCGACUUCCAAUGCCCAAGGACACAGAUAACAGCUUGAUAAAGAUUGAUGUGGUGGGAAGGAAGGUCCUUGUGAAAAUACAGGACGAAGUGAUGAUAGAUGGAGAGUUUUUACACGAGGUAGACGUCUCGAGUCUUUGGUGGGUGGUUGAAGGAGACAUGGUUGAUGUCAAUAUAACAAAGAAAAGAAAUGAAUGGUGGGACAGUCUGUUAGUAGGGUCUGAGACAAUCGAUGUCCAAAGGUUGGCUGAGGAUAAGCAUGCAGACAUAAGUAUGCUCGAUCCGGAGGCCAGAGAGGUUGUGGAAAAGAUGAUGCACAACACAAGCAAAAAGGACUUGGAAUAA